AUGUCUCCUCCAACUCCAUAUCAAUACCAGCUGGUAUGGAUGGGAAAGACCAAACAUGACCUUCUCUCCGGAACGAGGGUCGUGAUGCCAGAGGACAAGAAACUACUCAUCCUGCAAGACGCCGCCAAAAACCUCUGGUGUCCAUGGUUCAUCACUCCCCAACAGUUCAUCGAAUUGUUGCGUGUCCUCGGCGUUCCUUUCCUCGAAGGAGCAGAGCUUACUACAGUCUGCAUGCGCAAGGUCAUCACCGCCAUGGAUAGCCUCGUUUGUCAGGCAAACCUCGGUGACGGGCUUAUGAUUGACAAGUCCAUCGAGAGAUUCUCAUACACCGACACCCUUCGCGAACACAUUCUCUCCAGCAAGACUCUGGCCGAGGCGUUCGACACCCCCCCGAACACGGCUUCCCGUCAUCGCAAACACCGCUGCGAAACCGUCGCUCACCAUUCCCGCAACGCCCUUGUCGCUCUAAGCAUUGCCCAGUUGGAGUUGAAGGGUGCCUUCCAGAACACUAUGCGCAUUACUAGCCGUCUCUCUACUGUCCGCUCUCCGGCUUUGGACAUGUCGAAUGAGUACGCCAACAAGAUCAAGCAAGUCCUGAAAGAGGCCCGCUCUGAUAAGGAGGCCGAGCGGAGAUUGAGGAAGCAGUUUGGCAUCUCGCUGAAAGACGUCAUCCGAGGACAGUACAAGCGCUCGAACGUUUCUGACUCCAGUUCUUCGAUGGAUGAGGAUGAAUCAAUGGGCGUCGAAAUGUUGGACACGGCACCUGAUCGAGAGGACAGUUCUGCCUCGCGCAAGAUCAAAAAUCAACACCAAGAAGAUGAUUUCUUCGUGGUCGAAAAGCUAAUCUCUCUUGAUCGCACCGGCAAGAACGUUCAGGAGGAGUUGAGUAAGCGCGACACCAAGUCUGGACUUCGGGAAGUAAGGCAGACGAAGGACGAGCAAGGCAGACGAAGGACGAGCAAGGCAGACGAAGGACGAGCAAGGCAGACGAAGGAGGAGCAGACCAAGGAGGAGCAGACCAAGGUGGAGGAGACCAAGGUGGAGGAGACCAAGGUGGAGCAGACCAAGGAGGAGCAGACCAAGGAGGAGCAGACCAAGGAGGAGCAGACCAAGGUGGAGGAGACCAAGGCGGAGGAGACCAAGGCGGAGGAGACCAAGGCGGAGGAGACCAAGGAGGAGGAGACCAAGGAGGAGAAGCGCAAGGGCGAGCAGACCAAGGACAAGAAGGUUGUCACUAUCGCUUUGACCGCCGACGGAGAAACCAACGACAGCGGUGUCAAGCCAGCCGAUAUUGGUCCAGAUCUCUUCUCCGACAACCAAAUCGACGACAUGGAUGGCAUGCAGAUCCUGGAGCAAAAGGGCGAAGCAGGCGCAACGUUACACAGAUGAUGUGGCAGGGCGAGCGACGA